AUGCACGAGGGAAGGUCAGAUCACCAACCACCAGACCAGAGCAUUAAAUGCGUUCCCACGGCCAAGGGGCAGAACCCACGAUCAGGACGGUGGCCAAGAUUUGCCGAGAUUUAUGGGGGUCACACCACCAUGCUUCUCAACCCCAAACCACCAUGCUUCACAAUCCCAAAUGCCGAUUUGAUUACCCACUUGCCCCGGUCAGGCUCCACCACGCAGGUCUUGUCAGCCUCGAAUGUCCCUCCAGGACUCUUAUAA